AUGGUUUUCUCUGGAAAUCAAAACCAAUCACGUGAUUAUGUUCCAGAAGAUAUCAUUCAAAAUAUUUUUACUUUCUUACCAAUCAAAGAUGCAAUUGAAAAUUCAUCAUUUGUGUCAACAAGGCACACACGAUCAUGGUGUUAUAACCGUCGUUUUUUGUUUGGUAUAGAUUUUUAUUUACGAUACAAUCAAUUGAAAUUGGCAACAAUAGUCGAUCAUAUAUUCAAUUUUCACAAAGGUAGUGAAAUUAAGAUAUUUCAGUUACAUAUCAAUCCUAUUGGGAUCGAAAUUUUUCUUAGGAGAUGGUUAGAAAUAUGCACUAAAAAAGAUCUAGAAGAACUGGAGUUGCAUUUUUACGAAUAUGGUUUUAUAAUUGAAUUUAGUGUUUUUAACGCACUACACCACUUAAAGGCACUAAAACUCGUUAACUGUGUGAUUCAGUUAUCAGAGUCUCCAAGUGGCUUGCAAUUUCUGCAAAGACUAUAUCUAUGUAACCUACACAUCACUGAAGAUGUGUUUAAUGUGCUGAUUGAGCAUUGUAAAAUGCUUGCAAUGAUUGAUUUGAUUCAAUGUUCUACAAUUAAGAAAUUGAUCUUAUUGGCCAAAGAAAAUAAACAUCUUAAAAAAUUGACAAUCGAUAGUUGUCGAGACUUAAAAGAGAUUAAAAUUGAUUCACCAACUCUUCGUUCAAUUUUUUAUCAAGGAAAUUUCGUUGAGGUUCGAAUUGCACAAGGGGUGCAGUUGUAUGAGGCUUUUCUUAAUUUUAUACCUUCCAAAAAUUGCAUGCAAUCUACUCAGCUUGAAGCUAUAGUUAAUGAUCUCUCUCAUCUCUCAAUUCUCACCACUACACAUCUACUUAUUGAGGUUAUAGUUGCAAGCAUUCGAGAUGGGGUAUUUCGAGACACACAAUAUUAUUUUGUAAAUUUGAGGGAACUUCAUUUGAUCAUGGAUGGAGGAAUAUUUUGCAAUCCAUAUGAUAUAACCAUGUUUCUCAAAAUCUGUCCAUCCUUAAUGAAAUUGUACAUCGAUCUAAAUGAUUACCAACUUGAUCUAAAAAUGUAUUGGGAAAUGCACCAGAAACACUUGCUUGACAAUUGCAGUCACAAAUUUAAUAAUCUCAAGGUUGUUGUCCUCAGAAGUUUUAAGUUUCUGCCUUCUGAACUUGAUUUUAGUAAGGAUUAUUUUGCAAAGAGCAACAAUUUUGGAGAGUUUGGUUUUUUAUCCACCAAAAACUACAGGUCUUAG